AUGUUGCUUACAUUAUUUCACUUCUUGCUCUCCCUGCUGCUUUCAUUCCCCUUCAACUACUUCUUGCUCUCUUUCUCUCUUGCUUCGAAUUCUUUUUGCUCGCGCCCUUGCUUUCAUUCUCCUCUUUGCUCUCUAAAUAGCUUACAUUCUGCAUCUUAUUACUCUCUUCUUUACUUUCAUUCUCCUUCUUCUACUUCUUCUUGUUCUCUCUCUCUCUCUCUAGCUUUUAUUCUCCUUCUUCAUCAUUUUACUCUCUCUUUUUCUCUCUUGCUUUCAUUCUCCUUCUUCUACUUCUUCGUGCCCUUUCUCUUGAUUUCAUUCUCUUUCUUGUACUUCUUCUUGCUCCCUCCCUUGCUUUCAUUCUCCUAUUUCUCCUUGCCCUCUCUCUCUUGCUUUCAUUCUCCUCCUUGCUCUCUCUCUUGCUUUCAUUCUUGCUUUCAUUCUUCCUUUUCUUUUUCUUGCUAUCUCUCUUGCUUUCAUUCUCCUUCUUCUACUUCUUCUUUCUCUCCCUUCUGUUUUCAUUCGUAUUCUUGUUUCUUCUUCUUCUUCUUCUUCUUCUUCUUCUUCCACCGUCGUUUUAAUUCUACUUCUUGCUCUAUAUUGCUUUAA